GUUUGUGUUUGACAAUCGAGUAUAUUUCACAUUGUAAUUUGGUUGCAAAAAAAAAGUUUUCAAAGUUUUUUGUUUUUGUAUUUGAAAAUUGAAGAAAAACAAAUAUUCAACAUUUUUGCAACAUAAUCAAUGGCAAAUAAAACUGUUAAAGAUGCUAUAACCGUACAUGGAACAAAUCCACAAUAUUUAAUUGAAAAAAUUAUUCGUACAAGAAUAUAUGAAUGUCGUUAUUGGAAAGAAGAAUGUUUUGGUUUAUCAGCUGAACUUGUUGUUGAUAAAGGAACUGAAUUACGUUAUAUUGGUGGAUCAUAUGGUGGUAACAUUAAAACCACACCGUUUUUAUGUUUAACAUUAAAAUUAUUACAGAUACAGCCUGAAAAAGAUAUUAUCAUUGAAUUUAUAAGGCAAGAAAAUUUUAAAUAUGUUCGUGCGCUUGGUGCAUUUUAUCUACGAUUAAUUGGAAAUUCAUUAGAUAUUUAUAAAUAUCUUGAACCAUUAUAUAAUGAUUAUCGAAAAUUACGUCGUAUGACUAAAAUGGGCACAUUCGAUAUUGUUUAUAUGGAUGAAUUUAUUGAUCUACUUCUUCGUGAAGAUCGUGUAUUCGAUAUUAUAUUACCACGUUUAACUAAACGUUUUGUACAUGAAGAAAAUGGUGAACUAACUAAACGUAUUAGUUUGAUUGAAGAGGAUUUAGAUCUUGAUGCCAAUAAUGAUGAUGACGAUGAUGACAAAAAUGAUUCGGAUAAAAACGCAUCACUCGAUUCGGACGACGAUGAUCGUAAUCGUAAAAAAAGACGAUCACGAACACCUGAAAGAUAUCGUUCACAUCAUGAUGAUGAUGAUGAUCGUCGUCGGCGACGAAAUCAUCAAUCAUCACCUUCAACAAGCUCUCAUAGACGUUAUAACCAUGACAAUGAUGAUGAUCGUCAAUCACAUGGUCAUCAUCAUUCUCGGCGACAACGAUCAUCAUCACGUGAUCGACGACAUAAUCGUCGAUCUCGUACACCUGAUGAAAAAUCCUCCAAUCGUCAACGUGAUCAUCGUAAAGAUAAACGAAAAGAUUAUGAACAACCAGAAAAAUCUAAAGAACCAAAAAAUGAAACAGAUGAAAUUGCCGAAAUGAAUGCAUUACGUGCUAAAUUAGGAUUAAAACCUUUAAGACCAUAAA